AUACCCCACGUUGGGAAAUGGCUGCGGAGCUGGAGCCUUUGAUGGCGGAGUGCCUGGGAGCUGAGAAAGCUGAAGAUACCCGAGGGCAGGCCACAUCUCUGAGUACGACGGAAGACUUGCUGGAGACAGUGAAAAAGCUACAGAAAGAGGGAAGCCUGGAGCCCCAGAUUGAGGACCUGAUCCGCUGUAUUAAUGAGCUGCAGCAAGGUCCAGCAAAGAAGAGAUCCAGUGAGGAGCUGGGAGAGGCUCAAGCACUCCAGGAAGCCAUGCAUCAGGAACUAGAUUCCUUGAAUGAAGAAAAUGUACACCUAGAGGAGGUUCUGUGCAAAAAGCAAGAUGCUCUGUCAAUUCUCCAGAAGCAUGCCCAAGACAGAGAAAGUGAGACUCCAAGCUUGGAUGCUAAACAACCAGAGGAGAGGCUGGAGGAUCUGGCAAAUCAACACAAGGACCUCUGGGAGUUCCAUGUCCUGCAGCAGCGACUGGCCCAGGAGAUCAGCACGGUGGAGCACAGGAAAAAUCAGCUGCUGAUGGAGAGGACUGUGCUGCAAGCCAGGCUGAAGGAGGUGGAACAGAGGCUGCAGGAGGCCAGAGAGGCCCAGGACAGCCCAGGGAACUGUGGGCUGAAGCCAGAGCCGGAGGAAGUUGGGGGGCAGGCCCAGAGCAGCCUAGAAGCUCAGAAUGACAGAGGGGAGGCUGGUCAAGAGGAGCAGCAUCAUGUGGUGCCAUCGGGCGAGUUGCCAAGGACAGGAACGCCCUGCUAA